AAUUACGGAGGCAGGCCUCCAAAUCUAGACCUCGUGGUAGCGGCGAAGCCCUCUCUCUUCCCUACGUCUCGCCGCCUCGCCCCGAUGGAGACCUCUCCGGCCUCGGAGGCGGAGCCGGUUGCGCCGGCGGCCGACGACGCCGCCGCGGCGGCGCCGAUGUGGGACUGGGGAAACCUCCUCGACUUCACCAUAUGCGAUGACGAGCCCCUGAUCCUACCUUGGGGCGUCACCGAAGAAGCCCAGACACCGUCGUCACCUUUCCCCGCGGAGCUGCCCCCGCUUCCUUCCCCAGAGCUGGCGCCCUCGCCCUCGACGACCCCGGAUGGGACGAGCCGGGUGAGGAAGAGGGACCCGAGACUUGUUUGUCCAAAUUAUUUGGCCGGGAUGGUGCCGUGCUCCUGCCCCGAGGUGGAUGAGAAGGUGAUGGAAGAGGAGGAGGUGGCGGAGGUGGUGACCGGGACGAGGAAACGGUCCAGGACCGGCGGGGCGUCCCCCGUGGUGAGGUGUCAGGUACCCGGGUGCGAGGUGGAUAUCAGCGAGCUGAAGGGGUAUCACAAGCGUCACAGGGUUUGUCUCCGUUGCGCGAAUGCUUCGUCAGUGGUUCUUGAUGGGGAGCACAAGCGGUAUUGCCAGCAGUGUGGCAAGUUUCAUGUUCUGCCAGAUUUUGAUGAGGGCAAACGUAGCUGUCGGAGAAAAUUAGAACGGCACAAUAAAAGAAGACGAAGAAAGCCUAAUGAUUCAAACAGUAUAGUGGAAAAAGAUUUGGAAGCUCAAGAAGACUCACUGCCUGAUGGUACUUGCGAUGGUGAACCGUUGACAGAAAUGUUGAAUGACUCUAUAUGCCACACAGCUGAGACAGUUGUGAGCAUCAAAGUUCUGGCCAGAGGAACAGUAGUAGAGUCUGAAGGUGGGCAAGGUUCUCCCAUUGGUUCACAUCCCAGCUUUAAGAAUGAUGGGUUAGCAACUUCCUGUGAAGUUCAGAGAGCUGAAAAGAUUACUAAUUCAAAGUCUGCCCUUUCUUCUACUUUUUGUGAGAACAAGAGUACUUAUUCAUCUGUGUGUCCUACAGGUCGAAUAUCAUUCAAGCUUUAUGAUUGGAACCCUGCAGAAUUUCCUAGACGAUUGCGUCAUCAAAUAUUCCAUUGGUUGGCAAAUAUGCCAGUUGAGUUGGAGGGUUAUAUUCGUCCUGGAUGUACAAUUUUGACUGUAUUCAUUGCAAUGCCACAGUUCAUGUGGGAGAAGUUAUCUCAAGAUGUGGCUCAUUAUGUUAGAGACUUGAUUAAUACACCUGAAAGUUUGCUGUUUGGAAGAGGCACUAUUCUCAUUUUUCUUAACAAUAUGAUAAUUCAUGUUCUGCAAGAUGGAACAACAUUGACAAAUAUCAAGAUGGAGGUGCAGGCACCAAUACUUCAUUAUGUUUAUCCUUCUUGUUUUGAGGCUGGCAAACCUAUGGAGUUUGUUGCAUGUGGCAGCAAUCUUGAACAAUCCAAGUUUCGGUUUCUGGUAUCAUUUGCCGGAAAGUACCUAAAACAUGACUCUAUGCGUGUUACAUCUACUCGAAAGUCCAGGUCUUAUGAUGGAAAUGAGGUGGAGUGCAUCGAAAGUUCUGAACAUGAGAUGUUCAUGAUAAAAGUAACUCACAUGGACUCUGAAAUUUUUGGUCCUGCAUUUAUUGAGGUUGAAAAUGUGUCUGGAAUAUCCAACUUUAUCCCUGUCCUUGUUGGUAACAAACAGAUAUGUUCCGAAUUUGAGAGGAUGGAAGGGGUUUUUGCUGACUGCUAUGCCAGUAGCAUUAUAUCCCAAAAUGCGAUUACUGAUUCCUCUCCAGGCUCAUGUGACUUUUUUGCAUCCAGGCAAUCUGUGAUGUCAGCACUUCUCUUGGACAUUGCAUGGUUAAUGAAGGCACCUCAUUUGGAAGAUAAGGAAGCUUUUCGGAGUCUAACAAACGUCCAGAGAUUAACUUCUUUGCUAAAAUUCUUACUCCAGAAUGAGCUUUUUAGUGUUCUUCAAGUAAUAAUGCAUCAUCUGGAUAGUAUUGUUGAUGUCGAUGGCUUUGAUAAGCUAGACAAAUGGACUGAUGUUGACCAAAAGCUAUUUCAUGAGUACCUUAGCCAUGCAAGAGAGAUUCUUUAUGAGAGAACACAUGACAUGAGAUCAGAAGCAGAAAUGAGAAAUCCAAUCUGUGGACUUAUGCCACAAAGCUCUCAGAGUAAUAUGUGUGGGGAGAUUUAUACAAAGCAAGGAAAUGAAGCAAUUAAAGAUUGCUUAUUCUUAGACUCAUUUCAGCCGGCUGUGGAGCAUGAUGUAAAUGUUCUGCUUGUGAACGAAGAGAUCUCCCACAGGCAGCACUGUCACCAUAAUCUGGGCAAGAAAUGUGCUUUUGACGAUCUUUUCUCAAACAAGAUCACGAGGACUCGCUUUCCUUUGUUUGUAAUAGUUAGCGUUGUUUUGUGUUUAGCAGCAUGUAUCAUCCUCCUCCACCCACACGAGGUGGGGGAGAUUGCAGUUUCCAUUAGAAGGUGCAUGUUUGGUGGCUCCCCCGCAUGAAAUGAAAUUAACCCUUUUUGUUUCA